AUGUGUCUUAGCGUUGUUGCUCUACGGCUCCCUUCAAGCUUGUUCCUUCUUGUAGCGGUUCUUCGUACCAUUCCAACUCUAAGAGAUGACCGUCUUCGUACCGAGGUACAAUGGACUAUCGCAUCUUUAGCCUUAGCCCACUCUUUAAAAAGUGAUUUGCCUCAAAUCACUAGGACAUUUUUAGUAGAUAAACAAAAGCUUUUGGAAGGCGCCUUAGUUACUAUGGAAGGCCAAUUCCCUCUUCCUGGUUUUAACGUCUCUAAGUGGAAUUCCGUAGAAUCUGCACCUUCAAAAUCCAAUGAAGCGCAAGUGUUCAUUCAGAAGAAUAGCGCAAUUAUUGGGGUGAAUAAAGAUCAAAAUUUGGAAAUUACGUCAAGAACCGUCGUUGGAAGACACUGCUGGAUUUUGGAGCCACAUAAGGUGGAGCGGAAGGAGUGUCGCAACGUGAAUGCAUGGUUACUGAAAGAAGCGCAAAGAGGCCGUCGAGCAGGACGUGACUCAGUAGGUAUCCUUGGGACCAUGGAUGACCCAUUUGACGCAUUACCACGUCCCAACAAUACAAUGAAUACUAAAUGUUCACCUGAGUGGAUGAACAUUCUCGAAAGCAGCAGAAGACAGCCUCAACCUCUAAAACCAGUGCCUCCAGCGAACAACAAACCAGUUGUGUCUAGAAAAUAA